AUGCUGGAUCACAGCCCAAGCUCUGUUGGAUAUCUGUUUCACCUGCCUGCCUCCCUGCCACAAUUAAAGGAUUCACAGAAAACACUCUCUCUGGACUCCCGGCUUCUGGACACUCACCCGGACUGCUUCGGUCCUGCAAAACCUAAGACAGAUACAGAGUUUCUGCAGGAGAGGCCCUUUGCUUCUAUCCUCUCACUGUCCUUCGCCUGGAGCCAUCAGGUGCAUCAGGACAGCUGCUCGGCUGAUUGGGCUCUGAAGCGGUGGACCGAAAGAGCAUCCAUGGAGCUGUGCAGUCCCAGCAUGACUGAAAGCGGAGGCUCUCUGUGCCAGGUGAAGCAGUUUCCCUGCCAAAGCGUCCCCAUUUGUCGCCUGCAGACCAACGGGCACCAUGGGCACAACAUCACCCACCUCGCUCAGCAGCCGUGGGUCAUCCAUCCAGCCCCUGCGGUCGCCUCCGGCCCCUCUGUGGCUGUGAGAAACAGAGUAAACACCGCCACCGCUGCUACCUGCAGCAGCCCCGACUGUGUGGCCUCCAGACUGGGAGAGGAAAAGCGCAGAGGUUUCCCAAAGGGGAAAGUGGUGGUGACGGGAGGAGGAGGAUACUUUGGUUUCAGGCUUGGGAGACAACUGGCAAAUGAAGGGUUUUCAGUGAUCCUUCUGGACUUGAAUAAGCCUCCCUGUGAUAUUCCCGAUGGAGCGACGUUCUAUCAGAGUGACAUUCGAGAUUAUUCUUCCCUGUAUAAAGUAUGUGAAGGGGUUGACUGCAUGUUCCACACGGCGUCUUAUGGCAUGUCUGGCCCAGAGCAGUUGAGGAAAGAGCAGGUGGAGUCCGUCAACAUUGGUGGAACCAAUAACGUCAUAAAUGUGUGUAAGGAGAGGAGCAUCCCCAGACUGGUGUACACCAGCACCAUCAACGUGGUGUUUGCAGGGAAACCGAUUGUGGAUGGUGAUGAGGCUUCGGUGCCAUAUGUGCCCCUUGAUGCCCAUAUUGACCACUACUCCAGAACUAAAGCGAUUGCGGAGCAGAUGGUCAUCGCAGCCAACGGGGGCUCCCUGAAAGGUGGAGGCCUGCUGCGCACUUGCAUCCUGCGGCCCUGUGGCAUCUACGGACCAGAGGAGAGAAGACACCUACACAGAGUGAUGAUGAACGUGGAGCGUCGGUUGUUCAGUUUCCGGUUUGGUGACCCCCGGGCUCAAAUGAACUGGGUGCACGUAGAUAACCUGGUGCUGGCCCACAGGCAGGCGGCUGAGGCCCUCACGCUGAAGAGGAGCUGCGUCGCUAGUGGACAGGCCUAUUUUAUUAACGAUGGCGUUUCGGUCAAUCUGUUUGAAUGGUUGAUGCCUUUGUUUGAGAAGCUGGGCUACAGCCAGCCGUUGAUAAAUCUGCCGGUUUCACUCGUCUAUUCAGCAGCCAUCCUGGUGGAAUAUCUGCAUGUGGUUCUUAGACCGGUGAUAACGGUGCCGCUCCUUUUCACCAGAAGUGAGGUCAGGAACAUCGCAGUGAGCCACACCUUUAAAAUUGACAAGGCCCGCCGAGAUCUAGGCUACAGCCCGAAGCCCUACUCCCUCGCAGACUCUGUGGAGCAAUACCUGAAGUCUCGACCGCCUCGCAACACCUCGUCGCUUUUCAGCCUGUCCCGGACCUCCCGGCGGCGCCUUUUUCUGCUGCUCCUGAUGGGUUUUAGCGUGGUGAUACUCAUGCUAUGUUGCGUAAUUUGUCAGAACUAAACACAUUCCUUCACUGAUGCUCCACUGCACUGCAAGCCAUCUCAGGCAUUGCAGUUUCAGAUGAGAGACUCUGCUUUUACACAGCUUCUGUUAACUGAUUACAGUGUGACAAUGUAAGUGGUGACUGACUGAUAAUAAUAAUGCACCAGACCCACCUGAACGUGCUCCAAAAAUACGUCUCCAGAAUGUCAGGCUAUGCAGUUUCUGUGUUUCCCCUUU